GAGACCAAUUUAAGAUCACCACCUUUAUGAAGCCACUACCACAUCUUGGGCACCGGGGUUAGGAGGGAAAAGGAUAGUUAAAAACAAAAAAUGAAAGUCUGUCUUCCAGCAGCUCUACAUUGAUGGUGGGGUGGCAAUGGGCAGGAAAAUGAAAGCACCCCUUCCCCACUUCGGUACCCGUCUUCUCCCAGAGUAUCCCCUUCUUGGGACCUCUUACUUGGGUGAUUACAAGGUAGGACGCCCACACAAGUCACCCCUCCCCCAUCCACAAACACAAACACACCCAUUACUCAGGACUCGGCUGGCAGGCUGCUCUUGCUGCGGUCCCCAUGACCCGCCCCGCAAGGGGGAGGGGGCGUCGCGCGGGCUUAGUUUGGAACUUCGACUAGCAAGUUAAUGACUGAAAAAUUAAGUGGAGUGUGUGUGUGUGUGUGUGUGUGUGUGUGUGUGUGUGUGUGUGUGUGUCCGAAAUGUUCCUGGCAUUGGAGGCCAGGAGAGAGGCAGUGAGUUCUGGGGCACUCCUCCAACUUUUUCUCCAGUUUCUCCCCUGAGGGAGCGGAGUUCAGGGCACGAAGUUCGCUCCCUAGCUGCCGCUGCCUUCACCCGUCUCCGUCCGCUCAGCAUCCCGCGCCCAGCAUCCCAGCACCAUGUCCCGGGGGAAGGUCCAGAUGCCCGUGGCCGUUUUCGUGCUGUCUAUGCUGGUGAGCCUCAGCUCCGAUGCUUUCCGCAUAAACAAGCGCCCGGUGCGGACUCGAACCUGUGCCGACCGCCCCGAGGAGCUCUUGGAACAGUUGUACGGCCGGCUGGCCGCCGGCAUGCUUAGCGCCUUCCACCACACCCUGCAGUUGGAACCUCAGGAUAAGGAGCGUAACGUGAGUUGCCCGGCAGGGGGCAGGCCGGGCCAGGACAAGAAAUACCGACUUCCCAUCAACCUGCACAGCGUCUCCCCGUGGGCCUACAGAAUAUCUUAUGAUCCCACAAGGUAUCCGAAAUACAUGCCCGAAGCAUACUGUCUGUGCAAGGGCUGCCUGACAGGCCUUUAUGGAGAAGAGAACUUUAGCUUCCGCAGUACCCCCGUCUAUAUGCCCACAGUCAUUCUGCGCCGCACCUCAGCCUGUGCGGGAGGGCGCUACGUUUACACAGAAGACUAUGUGACCAUCCCGGUGGGGUGCACCUGUGUUCCAGAACAGGAGAAGGAGGCAGAGAGCCUGAACUCCAGCAUCGACAAGCAGGGGAUGAAGCUACUGAUGAACCCGAAUGACAAACCCACGACGAACUGAACUUGAAAACUCAUCAGCUUCCAUUUUGACUUUUCUGCCCCUGCACAGGAUCAGGAAAUUAAAAGCAAAUUAAAAUCUUCUUCUUUCAAAAUGGCCUGGCAAACCUGGAAGGAUCUCACCGCGCCAUGAGGAGAGGAUAUAAAACAACAAACCAAACUGGGAAGGGUUUUCUCUUCACGUAGACUAGGGUACCCUUAAUGACAACAUUGCAACUGCUUUCUUUCCUGGACAAAUGUUAGUGCCAUUUUUGUAUUCUGGUUUGAAAUGCAUUUGAUAUUGGGAUGAAUGUAUGAGUCACUUUCAUCUUCUAUUUUGAAUUCACAGACUAGCAGAGAAUUCUGACAGGGGCUGUCCCUAGGAUUUAAUUUCUCACCAUUCUUGGAAAGAAAUUCUCUACAUUUCCCUGUCCAUCUGACCACAGAGAAUGGUGAUGACGCCAAUUGAAAGGCUCUCUUUAUUGGAGAUUUUUUUUUUUCAGUGUGGAAGGUUGAAAAAAAGCUAACUGCCAGAAAAUUGGGACAAUGAUUGAAAUGGGGAAAGAGUAGAUGUUUAGCUUCAUAGCAAGGAGAGUGAAGAGACCACUGGCAGCCCAGCAAGUUCAGGUGGGGGAUUCCUCUGAGCAGGGAGCAGAAAUGGAAUAGAUGAACAUGGAGCCACGCUGAAGCCCUUUAGGCUCACUCCAGCUGCCCCUCACACAGAGGUUAGCACAUCUUCAUCCUGGAUCCUGAGGCCAUACCCAAAGGCAACAGGGACCCAUUGACCAGGUCCUCACCCUGAUGUUCCUUUUCCCCAGUAGGUACCUCAUUGGCUUUUUCCAUAUUUCUCUCCCAUCUUCUCAUUUUGAGAGAUGUAUGAGAUUGCAUUCAUCUGUGUGUGGGCAUAAAAAAUAUAUGUGUAUAUGUGCAUAUAUAUAUGUGUGUAUAUAUACACACUACUUUAUUCCCUUCCUUGAUAUUUACAUUAUUUCAUGUCCUCAUUAAAUGCUUUUGCUGUUGGA